AUGAGUAAUGUGAGGCAGACUGGCAUUAGAUCGAUACCUUCGGGUGAACGGCCCAUCAACCGUUUAAGUGGUAUCUUGCCAAGUGACUUCUCGUCAAUGCGACAACUCUACAAGGAGGGAGUCUCACACCUAGUCAAGCAAACCAAGCGCGCAAACAGUGACCAAUCUGGUUGUCGGUGCCUCGUCGGCGCGACGCAAGCACAGUUUAAAAAGUUCCCAAAAUUGGGGACACUGGCUCAGUACUGCUGGAACACUUUUGGAAGACAGUUUGAGGAAUUGCAGGUGCGAGAAAAUUGUCUGAGUGGCGAUAAAGAAAAACGGAGAGAACACGGCGCAAGAAUGUCCGCUCGCUCGGAGAAAGAAACUGCAUCCUGGAAAGCAGCUCACGUUGGGGACAAAGAGAAAAUUAAAAAUAUUCUAAAUAGCAAGAAAGUUGAUAUCAACAUGAAAUUCGAUGAGGGCAAAACAAUGCUACAUGUUGCUGCUUCUAAUAGACAUGGGCAUUUAGUAGCUUCUCUCUGCAGAAGGGGUGCUGACAUUAAUGAUAAAGAUAAUAAUGGUUCGACUCCUCUUCAUUCAGCUAUCAUCGGUGGAAACCUUAAUAUAGUAAAGAAACUCAUCAAAUUAGGAGCCGAUGUCAAUGCGAAUUCAGAUGAAAAUUUUACUCCAUUGCAUUCAGCAGCAGAACUCAAACAUGUCAGCAUUGUCGAAUGUCUUUUAAACAGUGGUGCAGAUGUCAACUGUACUAACAACUUGCGUGAUACAGCAUUAAGUCUAGCCGUGAAACAAGCGUCAUAUUGUGUAAGUUGCAAUCCUCAUUCACAGAAAAGGUUUGCGGAUUUUGUCAAAAUAACCGAAAUGCUCUUAAAAAAAGGAGCUUCUGUAAAUUCACAUGGCUGGCAAGGUUUUACGCCACUCCAUUAUGCCUCUCAUAUAAAUCAAUAUUGGCCACAAAUAGUCAGACUUCUCCUGGACUAUGGAGCUGAUAUAAAUUCUGUGGACACAGGCGAUGCUACACCAAUUUUCUAUGCCGAGAAUGAGAUGAUUCUGGAAAUACUGAUAGAGAGAGGAGCAAAUGUCAAUUAUGUAUCUGAGGUAUUAUUUACGCCUCUUUCAAAAAUGAUUAGGUAUCGUCCAUCAUGUGCAGAAUUUCUUUUAAGGAAUGGGACUGACGUCAAUAUUGAGAACAACGAGGGGGAAAACAUCCUGGAAUUUAAUUGGCCCGACUUCAAUCUUGAUAAUGCUGGAAUCCUUGAAGGCAUAAUUAAUCAAAUGGCAGAUGUCGAUCGUGCAACUUUUUGUCUGCAACGGGAUGAUAAGUAUCCAGAAUUCAUUGAACUUUUGAUUUCUAUCAUUGUCAAAAGAAAAGUUUCAGAAGAAAUUAGCAUCGAUGUUGAAUAUUUAGAUCCAGACCAUCUAAUUAUUGAUUACGAAAAUUUUUUUAGCGUAAUCUCGAUGUGUAAAUGGGAAAUUUGUAAAAUGAAAGAAACGAAGAUUAACCUAGGGGAAUUGACUGUCCAUGAUAUUUUAAAUAUGCCGAUCAAUAAGCUCUUGAAUUAUGUGAAGAGAAACGAACUCCUGGCACUGGAGUUUGAUGAGGUCGAGAAAGAUUUUCCUAUUUAUGCUAGGAUGUUUAAGUCGCACAUUAAAGAGGCAAGGAAACGAAGAUGUUUACUUGAUUCGAGUGCAGAAGCUUUCGAGAAAUUAAUCUUUGUCCUUCAUGAGAUAAAGUUACCAAAUUUGGUUGUUAAGAAAAUAGUUUUAAUGUUAAGUAACGGGUACUUAACCACUUUGGCACAAGUAUGAUUGAAUGUUUAGAAAGGGAUGAUAAUGCCAAUAUUUAUUGUAUCGUAUGGCAGUAAAUCCUUGAGCAGUGACUCCAAAUUUGGCGUGUAGAGGUACUGCCAGGGUGGAGACAAUUUCAAAUUCUUGUUCAUUUCCCGAGUAUUCCCGGUCAAGUUUGUUAUUUUUCCAGGUAAAUAGAAGUAAUAUAAUUAUACUUAUGCAUAAGACGAUGUCAAAUUCUCGGUCAUUUGCCGGUUUUCUUCAGGUUCAGUUUUUGUGUUUUUCCGGUCAACUAAAAGUAAUAUAUUCAUACUUUAAUCUAUUACGAUUUCAAUAUAUACGAUUUCGAAUUCCCGGAUAUUUCCCGG